GAGGGAGCUGGUGGCCGUCGCUCGGCCGUCGGGGCGCCUCCUCCAUGCGGCGCUGCUGCUGCUGCCGGGCGGCGCCGCUGAGUAGCGGGACAUGCCUGCGCGCCUCCUGGGGCUGGGGCGCAGCCACAGCUCUCGCCAGCCGCCCGCCGCCUCCCUUGCCGGCGGGGGACGCCGCGCGGCCGAGGGAUGCGAGCGCAGCUCCUGCUCCUCGUCGGUGCCCUGCUCAGACUGGGAUCAGGAAAAGGAGAAAUCAAGUCUGCCCCACGGAGCAUCCCCCAGCCAAUGUCGCCCUCUGAUUUCCUGGACAAACUUAUGGGCCGAACAUCAGGGUACGAUGCUCGCAUCAGACCUAACUUCAAAGGCCCGCCCGUCAACGUGACAUGCAACAUCUUCAUCAACAGUUUUGGUUCGGUCACAGAAACCACUAUGGACUAUCGUGUCAACGUCUUCCUAAGGCAGCAGUGGAAUGACCCACGCCUGUCUUACCGGGAGUACCCUGAUGAUUCAUUGGACCUUGAUCCUUCCAUGCUUGACUCCAUCUGGAAGCCAGACUUAUUCUUUGCCAAUGAGAAGGGAGCCAACUUCCAUGAGGUCACUACAGACAACAAACUUCUGCGUAUCUUCAAGAAUGGGAAUGUGCUCUACAGCAUCAGGUUGACACUAAUCCUCUCCUGUCCCAUGGAUCUCAAAAAUUUCCCUAUGGACAUACAGACGUGCACCAUGCAACUGGAGAGCUUUGGCUAUACCAUGAAUGACUUGAUAUUUGAGUGGGUGAAGGAGCAGGAAGCUGUCCAGGUGGCUGAGGGCUUGACACUCCCUCAGUUUAUUCUACGGGAUGAGAAAGAUCUGGGCUACUGCACAAAAUCUUACAACACAGGGAAGUUCACCUGCAUUGAGGUGAAGUUCCAUCUGGAAAGACAGAUGGGCUACUAUCUGAUCCAGAUGUACAUUCCUAGUCUGCUGAUUGUCAUUCUCUCCUGGGUCUCUUUCUGGAUUAACAUGGAUGCUGCACCAGCCCGCGUGGGGCUCGGCAUUACCACAGUGCUAACAAUGACUACCCAGAGUGCAGGUUCUCGGGCAUCUCUGCCAAAGGUCUCUUAUGUCAAGGCAAUUGACAUCUGGAUGGCCGUCUGCCUGCUCUUUGUCUUUGCUGCCUUGCUGGAGUAUGCAGCAGUCAACUUUGUCUCACGCCAACACAAAGAGUUCAUGCGCCUACGCCGAAGGCAGCGGCGGCAGCGGAUGGGUCUGACCAGCCAGACGCCCAGCCUGGAGUCCCUACAGGAACUGGAUGCCCUGCCCAGCAGCGAGUCCACGUCCGAGACCCUCUCUCUAUUCGGCAGCACCGACUCCAGGGAAGAGGAGAUUGUUCGUGAAAGCCGAUUCUACUUCCGGGGCUAUGGCCUGGGCCACUGCUUGCACAUGAAGGAUGGAGGAGCCAUAGAGAGCCCCAAGAUCUACAGCCCACCACCUCCAACUUCACUCCUGAAAGACGGAGAGAUGAUCCGAAGGCUUUACUUGGACAGGGCCAAGAGGAUUGACACCAUCUCCCGAGCUGUCUUCCCUUUCACGUUUUUGGUGUUCAACAUCUUCUACUGGGUGGUCUACAAAGUGCUACGUUCGGAGGACAUCCACCAAGCCAUGCCCUGAGAUUUUAGCAGGAUUCAAGUCCAAACUAAUUACUGUGGCUUACUGUAUUCCACCUGGCAGUUGCUAUAGGAAAUGUUCGGAUGCUGGUUGCUUCUCCAAGGCCGGCUUUUUGUUUUUCUUGGACAUAGAACUUUUUCUUGCCAGCUGAGAACCUUGGCAAGUUGUGCAUGGCAUUAGAGGUGCAGAUGUGGCUGUUGUCCAUCUCCCAACACCCCAGCAUGGCCAUCGGGGUUGCUGUGUUUCUCAAGGUGCUGCAGUUCCUUUCGCAAGCACUCCAUGAUACUGGACCUCUGGAGGCACCAACAUUUCUAUUCCAGACCUGUGUUGCUUUCCUCAUGACCCAACAAUGAGUUGGGAGGCUAGCACAGGGCAGGCCCUCAGCAACCUAAUCCUAUUUUUCAGGACUAUAGCCACCUUUCUACCCACAAACCCACUGGUAUUUAAUCAGCAUGAUCAUUUAGAGGACAUUAUACUGACGCAGAGAAAGAAGGGACAUUUCCCAAGGUUCCAGGAUAAUACUGGAGGCUCUGGGCUUCAGUUCUGCAUUGGUAGCAUGGGCGUGUGCCCCUAAAAGCCUCUCUGCCUGCAAUGCCUCCCACCACCAGAGCCACAUGCCAGCUGCACUGGUGUACCCCCUCCCACCCCAGCAUUUAUUAAAGCCCUUAGUAAAUGGGUAGAUUGUGUCCUACAUCAGUGGUCUCUAACCAAGUCAGACAGCACUGGGGUAAGAGGCGCCUACAAAAAUGGGAACUCUUCAUCCCACUGGUGUGUGUAUAUACAUUUAUUUUAGCAGUGCUUGAUGGAGAGUGGGCAAUCAUCUAUAUUAAUCAUGAAUCAAAGAUGUAAAAUUUCUGGAAAUUUUGAAGCCAUGGGGGAAAACAUUUUUCUAACCCCCCCCCCACCUGAAAAUAAUAGACAUUU